AUGGGCUGUGUAAAAUCGCAUUCGACUUAGGUAGAUGAUUAAAAAUUAACAAUAUUAGAGAAGAAAAGACUUGAAUAGGUAGCUUCAACUACUAAUAUCCGUAGUGUUUAUGAAUUUUAAAGUGUUAUUGGAAAAGGAGCUUUUGGUACUGUGAAAUUAGCAUGCUUAAAAAAUUCUAUAAAUGAUAAAAAUAUAGCAAUUAAAAUUAUUGAUAAAAGUAUGCUAAAGUAAAAGUAAUAUCUUCUAUUAAGAGAGCUAGAUAUGAUGAAAAAUUUAGAUCAUCCUAACAUCAUUAAGUUUUAUGAAGUUUAUUAAGAUGAAAUGUUUUUUUAUAUUUGUAUGGAGUAUUGUGCAGGAGGAGAGCUUUUGGAAAGAAUUACUAAAAAAAAAGUUUUUAGUGAAAAAGAAGCUUCAAUAAUUAUGGAAAAGAUAUUUUCUGCUAUAAACCACAUGCAUAGUAGAGGAGUUGUUCAUAGAGAUAUUAAACCAGAAAAUAUUCUUUUCUCAAACAAAUAUCCUGACUCUGAAAUAAAGCUUAUUGAUUUUGGUUUAUCUACUAAAUUUGAUGAUAAUUCUAAUUUAAGCACAAUGGUUGGAACACCAAUAUAUGUUUCUCCAAAUGUUCUCGAUGGCAAAUACGAUAAAACAUGUGAUAAUUGGAGUGCUGGAGUAAUUCUCUAUAUUUUAUUGGUUGGCUACCCACCCUUCUUUGGUAAUAACAAGAACGAAAUUUUUAAAAAAAUAAAAUCUGGAAGUUAUACAAUGGAUGGAUUUGAAUGGGCUAAUGUAUCUCAGCUAGCAAAAGAUUUAGUAUCUAAAUUAUUAGUAGUCAAUAGUAAGAAGAGGUAUACUGCUGCUUAAGUAUUGUAGCAUCCUUGGAUUAAAAAAUAUUAGAAAAAUAAUUCAACAAUCAAAUCUAAUAACAGUAUUAAUGUUAUUAGUCCUGCAUAAUUAAAUACAAAUGGAAUUAAUACUACAGGACCAAGUAACCCCAAUGACACUGUAGACCCAAAAAUAGUUAAUCUAUUAAAAAACUUCUCUUCAACCAGCAAAUUUAAAAAAGAAGUUAUAAGAGUUAUAGUUAAUUAAUUGAACGAAAGAGAAAUAGAAUCACUUAAAGUUUAGUUUAAAAAAAUAGACAAAGAUUAAACAGGUUUAAUCAGAGUUGAUGAAUUAAAAGAAGUAAUGAAUAAUGCUGGUUACACUUCGUCCAAAUAGGAAAUAGAAUAGAUAAUCAGAAAAAUUUCAUCUUAAGAUAAUAAAGAUUUAACAAUUAAAUAUAGUGAAUUCUUAGCUGCAACAUUAGAUAUUGUAAGCUACCUUAAGUAAGAAAAAAUUUGGUCAAUUUUUAAGUAUUUUGAUCCUUCAAAUACAAACUAUAUAUCAAUAGCAGAUUUAAGAGAGAUUUUAUUAAGAAAUGGACGUGAUAUACCAGAAGAAGAAAUAAGACAAAUGGUAAGAGAAGUUAAUCCAGCAAAUGAUGGAAAUAUUUCACUAGCAGAAUUCAGUAGGAUUAUGAUGGGAGAAUAAGUAGACUUCAAAAGUUGA